GCGCGGGUGGCAGCAGUUCGGGGCGCUCGGCGGUGGCGGCUCCGGGAUGGUGGCUGCACCGGCGGGGGGGCUGCAGCAGCAACAACAACGCCAGCGAGCGAGGGGCAGCAGCGCCAGGCGGGCGUCGCGGGGCGCCUUCCCGGAGCUAAGGAGCAGCUGAACGCCUCUUCCGACUGACCGGCUCCAAGCGGAUAAACCGGCAGCCUGUGGCCGGUCGUCGUCAGGAGGCAGCCAUGUCGAUCAUGGACCACAGCCCGACCACCGGGGUGGUGACGGUCAUCGUCAUCCUGAUCGCUAUUGCUGCUCUGGGCGCCCUGAUCCUGGGCUGCUGGUGUUACCUGCGCCUGCAGAGGAUCAGCCAGUCGGAGGACGAGGAGAGCAUCGUGGGCGAGGGAGAGACCAAAGAGCCCUUCCUCCUGGUGCAGUAUUCUGCCCGCGGGCCGGGCAUGGAGAGGAAAACCAAGCUGACCCCCAACGGCACCGAGGCUCACAGCUAACUGGCUGUCUGGGGAAAGGGGGGGUCCGCGUGGCCGGGUUUGGAGAACCGGUACUGUGAAGCAAACGUCGCCCUCCCGGAACGAGAGGUUUCUCCUGUGGCUAUGUAUGCACUGAGGACGAUUUCCCUUCCGCCCCUUGAGCAUCGCCUCCUUUUUUGGCACAAGGUCCAUUGCCGGCAAUGGACAGUUGGAGGACACGGGGGGGGGUGCGGCGUCGGGAAAGGGGAAUGGCAACACUCGGCCUGUUACUUGAAUUAUUCCACUGAGCCUCUUCGGAACGGAGCUACUGACAUAAUGUGAACUUCAACUGUGAACUGGCCGUGUACAUAAGCAGCCUCCACGCGGGACGGAUGCGCUUUUGCCGGGGUGGGGGCAGAGAAGAGCAGCAUUCCUGGAUUUUGGGAAGACGCAUGGCCGCCGAUGGGAUUUCUCCAAAGCCAAACUGGGGGGGGGGGUUUGGGAAGCGUGGAGGGGGUUCUUUUACACUUGCUUCGUUUUUGGGGGAGGGGGCUGUUGCAGCUGUGUUUUUAGUUUUUUUUAAUGCUUCAAUUUCCUUCAAAAAAAAUCUAUAUGCUAGAAAAUCAACAAUCCAUUAAGGCCCAGUUUUUCCUUUCCAAGCCUGCUUCCCGCCCCCCAGCCCACCCCACCUUCCGCUCUCAACAGUCUUCCUUGAUCGGAAGCUGCUUCUGGUGUUGCAAGGCUGCUUCAUCGCCUCAUUCCUGGCUCCUGGUGGGAUCUUACUAGAUGCCAUGUUUUUCCCCAGCGCAAAUAAGGAAGUGUUGUUCUCCAUGGCAGGCAGGAUCUCUUGCUCAGUUAUUUCCUUCAAGGCCUUUUCGGGUAGGUGUGAUAGGAUGGUGUCUCCUUUAGUUACUAGAAUGGGACCUUGAGGGUCGAAAAGGCUGUCCUCUGAAUCGCCCGCUUCUCCAUUGGCGAGCAACCCUUCCGAGUCAUAGUAGCUUGUUGCAGCUCUUGUUGAAGCAGGGAGCGGAUUUUCUCAGGAGUUGGGGGCUGCUCAAAAACUCCUGGAAUGCAGGUUGAUUUUUUUAAAAAAUGUGUUUUUAAGUAGGGAGCCAAAGCAAAAAGGCGCAAGGAAAGAAAUGUGCUUUUUGGUGACGCUGUGAGCGAUCGUAGUGAUGUCGAGUGCUCUGCAAGCGUAGUGGCUGUGAGGAAGCUGCCACACCUAACCAAGUCCGAAGCAAGCAGCUAAUGACAGCUGUGUUUUCUCCUCCCCACCCCCCCCCAAAAGUAUGGGUACAUAGUCUGAAGGCUGCUGGUGGACUUGGUGGUUGGUGGCUGAGCAGCCCUGCUUUGGUAGUAAGCAUGUGAGUAAAGAAAUGCUUUCUCGCCCCUUGCUGAGGCUCCCACUUUUAAAAGCUGUUCUCAUGUAACUAGUCCCUAAUUUAUCUCCUGGUGCACUGAUGGUUUACAUGCACUCCUGGCUGCCAGGACACUUGUAGACAACCUCUUGUUUUAUCAAGAUCCACAUGACUUUUCGCUCAGCUGUAUAGAGCUCGGGAUCUGUGUAUUUUGUAAAUAAAAUGCCGUUUGCUUUCUUAAAAUGACAGGGCUCCUGUAAAUAACUUGCCAGAG